AUGGAUAUCCUAAAGGACAGCAACUUGGCCAUCGCACAAGAGACAGUUAAUCCAAUUAAAGAACCUGUGCAAAUCAUUGCCAAGGCUGGGACAUGGGAUAGUAAUUUAGCUUCCUACCUAGGCUGCAGUGUAUUUGUGGAUCAGAGCAAAAUCCCCAAACUGAAUGAUCAUCAGGACUCUUACGAACAGUUCCUUGGCAAGUCUAGGAAAGAGAUGAAGAAGCUAGCAAGGGAAGGAUGUUGGGCUGGAAGCCAUACCCUGAGAGCCAAGGCUUACCAGCACAUUAUCCAAGAUAUACCAUGCCGCCUAAUGACUCCUGAUGCCUUCGUCUACCGAGAUGUGGCCAGCAAGUUAUUUGGAAACCAGAGUGAAAGUUUCGAUCCCUUGCCUGAAUUCCUGUCAGGAAGCAUCAUGCCCGAAUACUGCCUCACUCCAGAAGGGAUAACGGCUUUGAAGAAAAUACUUAUCUGCAUUUCCAGUCUCUACCCUGAGAUUACAUACUGUCCUUUGCUCCCAGCUGUGACUGCUCUGCUGCUCCAUUACAGCCAAGAUGAGGCCCAAUGCUUUGAGAUUACUUGCCGACUCCUCUACUCCAAGGCUCCCCACACCACCUACAUAGACCAGUCCUUCCUGGCUCAUGAGGCCUCCUGUAUGACCUUAAGGGACUUAGCCAAUAAGCACUGCCCAGCAGCCCAUCAACUGAUAGCAAGCUCGUCAGACAUUUUUGAGGUGUACUCUGAGUGGUUGGUGUGGCUCUUUGAUGAUCUUCCCUUUAAUUAUGUCAUUCGCAUCUUUGAUGUGUAUCUCUUGGAGGGGCAAAAAGUCCUUUACCGCAUUGCUCUGGCACUGCUGAAGCAAUACCGUCUCUUUAUGACCUCAAAAGGACAAGAGGUAGUUGACAUCAAGGGAAGCUUGCAGGCUUUCCUGUGGGACAUUCAGGAAUACUUGGCGGCUGACAAGCUUUUAGAGAAAGCAUUUGGCAUCCGGCUUUUUUCCCGCAAAGAAAUCUGGCUUCUUCAAAUGGCUAACCGGAAGGCUCUGGUGCAUAAAGGAGUAACUAUGGUGCAUCACAGACAACCAUUCCACCUCAUUGUGAAUGCACAUAAUUUUAGUUCCACCAUUGUUAAAGCUCAAGAAAUGCGCAUUGUGUGGUCCUGGAUCCCAGAACGAUUUUCUUUAUACCCACCUGUUCUUUUAUUCUCAACUUCUGAAAACGGAUACAGUUUGCAAAGGUUUUAUUCCUGCUGUGAAGGCUAUGAGCCAACUUUACUGUUGUUAAAAAACACACUGGGAGAAGUAUGUGGAGCAUUUCUUUCCUCUGACUGGAAGGAAAGAAAAAAACGGGGAGGAACAAGUUUCUUUGGAACAGGAGAAUGCUUUAUUUUUACAGUACAUCCUAAAAUGGAGCGGUAUGAAUGGGUUUUCAUCAAGAAGCCAGAACAAGCGAAAGCUCUACCUUGUCCCCAACGCCAGCGUUCUCCAUCUCCCUUUUCUUUGGAGAGGCACAGAACAACCAGCUCAAAUCAUCUCACUGUACCAAAGUUAGAAACAAUUAAAUACCGUCUCUCUCCCUUCCUGGCAAUUAGACACUUCAACUUGCCUUCCAAAACAGCCUCCAUGUUUAUGUCUGGAAGCCAGGAAGGCAUCGUCAUAGGGGGAGGCGGAGGCCAGGCUCUGUAUGUUGAUGCUAAUCUGAAUCAUGGAAGAACAGAACACUGUGAAACAUUUGACAAUCCACCUCUCUGCCAACAAAACUUCCAGGUCCAGCUACUGGAAGUUUGGGGAUUUCAAAACUCUUGA